AUGCCGGUCACCAUGCCUAGAGGAGACCGGGGCAACCAACACUGGACCCCACGCGCCAGCCUUGAAAGUUUCGCCACUCCCUUCCCACUCUACAGCGGAUACCUCAUGAAACUCGGCUCCAACGAUCGCUGGCAAUCAAGACUCUUCACAUUCGACGGUUCCGCACCCUGCAGAACCCAACCCUACAACCCAAACACCAAAUGGUUUCUCCACAUCGCCUCCAUCACUGACAUCCGUCUCCUCCCUUCAUCCAAAUCCUAUUACCGCUGUUUCCCGACCUUGGACUUGCCACGGGCGUUGUUUAUUCAGACCGCUGAUGGACGGUCGGUGACGUUGAGGUCCAAGAAGAAUAUUGAGUUGGAGAGAUGGUUUUUUGUGUUGACAAAGAUGUGGGCUUUUCAGCAGCUUUUGCAGAGGUCUGAGGAGGAUGUUGCUGCGACUGCUGCCAAUGCCGCUGCUAAUGCGAAUGUGAGUGCUGCAGCGGCUACUGCAUCUGCGCGUGUGUCUGGUGCGACCAACGCGGAGGAGUGCAGUGGCCGACGACGUGAAAGCGGCGGUGCAGGAGUAGGAGGGGAGACAGAUCCGCACCAUCAGUUAGUUCUCAGCAACGACAACAACCAUCCACAGCAAAAACGCAACAGCAACAGCAACGGCCACCUCCAACAACAACAACACCGUAACAACAACAGCAACAACAACUAUCAGCAUCAUUCCUCUUCCGCCCCCUUGCCGCCUCCUUCUUCUUCUCGCGCUGCUGCACCCCCUUGUACUAGCCAUCUCCCAGCCCAUCAGCAGUCGUUCCAUCUCUUCAACAACUACCUGCAACGGCAGCAGAUGUACCUCCAACAUCAACAACAACAAGAUCAAGGAGGGGACUACCAUGCAUGGCACUACCAACAACCACAAUCGCAAUCGCAACAUAUUGGCAAUAACAAGUCAUGGCGCCCUCAAAGACACACAGCGCCUCCCGUCACGACUAUUGUACAGGAGAGCCUGAUGCGGUACCAGAUCCCUUUGCCAAGGCUCUCGGCUUUCUUUCCUGGUGGUUUGGACUGGCCUGUCCAGCAGCAGCAACAACAACAGUAUGGUAGUGAGAAGGAAGUCUCCGAAGAUCAAGGGGUUACGACUAUUGUUGCUGUUAGUGGAGGUGGUGCUCUUAUGGUUUCAAUCGACGAGGAGGAUAAGCAGGCCGAACACCGAGAGUUGGGGGAGAAUGUCCGUAAUGCCUACCUGAGAAAGAACUCGCUUGCUGACCAGUUCUCGUCCCCACCUAUACCUUCGUCCAACAUCAACAACAUCAAUGCUAGUACGACAACGAUGAAUGGCGGUGCUGGCGGCGGUAGAGGUAAUGGAGUCGUAUGUGACGGCGAGCUGAUGAACGUCGGUGGGUCCUUGGAGCGCCAAGGAGGUGGUCGUGGGGGUUCCUGGCAUCAAGAUCCUAUCAGCUCGAUCCCGAUGACAGAGGAGGCCCAUGCAGGUUCGUCGACGCCUGGUCUGGGAAUCCACCAGCAGGCCACGAUCGUCUGGCCUGCUGCCGGUACCAUGGAGCCCACCAAGGCUGCUGCGAUCGAUAUGUGGCGUCGUAGUCUGAUGUCCCCUCUUGCUCGCGCCAACACUGCAAGUUCCUUCCAUUCUGACGAUCCCGACAACCAAGCCCUCGUCCCUACCUCUGCAGCAAAGUUGUUCAUGAGCAGGAACAACAGUCGUCGUCCCUCUGCCUCUGCUGGCAAUGAACUCCUCCUUGGCCCUGGGUUAACCUAUUGCUGUGAGGCCGAUGCAGAUGAAGAGGAUGAGGAGGAUUACGGUAACGACCACCUUGAACACCAGAGUCGGCCCAAGUGGUUCCAGCAGCAACAAAAACGCGAGACUUACCAACAGCCCCGUAUGGCUAUCGACACCGCCUCCGAGACCGAUGAUAUCCCCCUUGCGUUUGUGCGGGCCAUCCGACAGAACAGCAUCGGAGGAGCCAUGCCGUUGCUAUUGCCGCCAAUGGAUAUCCAAAUGAUGGGACCGUCUCCUAUCGAGGUCCGUCAUUACGUCCAUGACGAAGAUGAAGAAGACGAUGAUGACGACGACGAAACCAGUUCUCACGACCACCCUGCCAACAAGCACCACAAUUUGUUCAUCCGACCCCGUCGCCGUCGUCGUCAACACCAUCAUCAACACCGUCAUAAUCAUCAGGACAAGGCCACUGAGCCUGCACUCCUGCAUGUCCAGCGCUGUUCGCGCUGGCAAAAGACUCAACUCUCGUCCGAGGACGAGACGGGCACCAACCGAAACUCCUUGGAGGCCUUGACCAACACCCCCGAUAUGAGCUGUAACUCUUACCCGACCUUCUUGGCCACCAACUAUAACAAUAAUCGCGAGUCGUACCUCAACAACUUGAACAACUGCGCAGGUCGUGAUCGUGAUCCUUACCCCAUCAACGGUGGCUAUGAGGCCAACAAGGAGUCGUUGUCAGACCCCACUCUGAACCAGCAUCAUCUUCAAUCCUCGGCUGAGCCCAACCUCCCCCGGCCUUCCAUCAGUCCCUUCAUGAGCGCCGAAGAGUUUGCAUCAGUUACUGGUGAGUUGCCAACAGCAAGACAGUCGAUGGCAGCAGCGCGGUCCAAGCCCGUCGUCCCCACCGUUGGUAUUCUCAAGCGCCCCUCCUUGCCUGCAAUGGACACUGCUACUCUCCAGGCUGCGGUCGAAGCCAGCAAGGCGAUGCAACAAUGCGAAAAGACCAUUUCCUUCCAGUCGUUCCCUUCGCCUCUUGAGAGGGACAUGACUUACAACAACCUUGCUCAUUAUGGUAACAACAAUUACAGCAAUACGCCGGUCCACCCUUUCGCCCACCUCCCUACACCACACACUCCACCAACCAUGUCUGCGCCGUCCAUGGCCACCACCGGUGGUCCCUUCCGUGCGCCUGUGAACGGGUUCUUACCUCCACCCCCAAUCCGCCCUCCAAGACGCCACCCUCUUCGCACCCCCGUCGGCUCUGAUAUCAAGUUCUCCCCCUCGCGCCGCAACAGCCAAGAUGAGUCCAUUAUUUCUGGCUUUGGCGGCCGUAGUCUUGUAAACAGUUUCGGUGGUGGUGGUGGUGGCCAAGGCGAUGCUUUCAACAACAACACCACUGGCACCGGUUCCGGCAAGGUCGAAAAGUCUCGCAGCCUGCUCUCAUUCCUGGCCCUCAACAAGUCUACCUCUUCGUCAUCGACUGCUGCUUCGCCCAAGUCGCGCACUAUCGACUUUUCAUCCCCAUCUGCACAUUCAGGCCCCUUCCGUCGCAACUCUCUCCCUGCAGUCCACUUCCUGGGUCUCAAUCUAAGCAAGACUCCUCCAUCCUCUGCGGCUGCAACCCCCGAUAUCAAGAAACAACGCCGCUCUUCCAUCCUGGGUCUUAGCCGUCUCGACCGCUCCGAAAAGAAAGAAGAAAAAGAAGCAGCCGCCGCCGCAGCAGCAGCAUUAGAAGCCCUCAAAACCUUCCAAGCAGAAGUCCUCCUCAUCCGUGACCCCUCCCCUCCCCAAACCCCAGCUCCAGCCAGUGUCUCCAAGUUUGCCACUUUUAACCGUCGUUUCUCCCUCCCCGUCGCUGCCUUGUCUUCAGUCACCUUGACCUCACCCUCGGCUUCAAACUCACCUCCUUCGCUGUUAUCAUCUUUCCCCCCAACAGGGACCAAAUCCACAUCAGGCUCCUCGCGCCCUUCCUCCCGGGGUUCAUCCCGCCCUUCAUCGGAGUACAUCGCCAACCCCAACCCCAACAACAACAGCACAAUCAAACGCCUCUCCUCUGGAUCCCUCUCCCGCCCACUUUCCCGCGCCAACAGCAACAGCAACCUCGCCGGCAACUCUACUUCCACCGACCACCACCAUCAGUCACAAUACAAACAACACCAACUCCAACAAUUCUACCAACUCAAACUCCAAGCGCCUCUCAUCCAAGUCGACGCCCCCGCGCCAACACCCGUCUCUGGAAAAGAAAAAGAAAAAGAAAAGGAAAAGGAGAAAGAAAAGGAGCAACACCAGCACAAGGGGUACUGCCGGAGGAAGAGCUUGGAAGUUGACGGAUGUGGGAGUAGUGUUAGUGGAGGAGGUGGGAAUGGGUAUAAGGGUAGACCGUUGACGUGUUGCAGUGAGAGUGAACUGAUCGAGGUGCUCAAUAACAAUAGCGAGGAAGACGAUGAUUUCUGCUAUUUUUAA